AUCAGUCGAUAAAACAGAUGAUAUAUAUAUAUAUUAACCGACAUUAACCUAUUUCUUUGUGUGAAUAUUAUUCCAUAUGGAAGAAAACCAUUAUAUAAUAUAUGAGUAUUGAUAUAUUAUAUGUUAUUUAAUGUUGUUUUGUAAUAUUUUAUAGAAUUUUUUAAUCUUUUUAUUAACUUAGAAUUUUAGUAUAGAUUUGAGAUAGAAAAAUCAAAAUGAUAAAAUUGAAAACAUUGCCACUACUUGAUAAAACAAGCACAAUCAUUGUAGAAGAAGAUAUUAAUGUAUCUUAUGGAAAAGUUCUUAUCGCAGGAUGGUUACAAAUGUGGAAAGAAAUAGAACCUAAUGGUAUUAUAGAAUUAAUGUCUUUUGUAAAUCCGAAAUCUUGGUAUUUAAAUGGACCAAAACCAUAUACAUUAGACAAUGUAAAUAUAUCUGAUUAUUAUACAGUUGAACCAAAUAAACCUCAAGAAAAUUUUGUUAAUAUUUUACAAGAUAUACUUGACAGAGUAACAGAGAAAUCUAUAGUGUUUCUUGAUAAUUUGAAUUCUUUGAUAUUAUAUGUAGGCCUUGCAAAUUCAUUACGGUUUGUAGAAACACUUAAAAAAAAGGUACAGCGAUUAAUUUGUCUUUUUAGACAAGAUUGUAUUCCAAAUAAGAUAUUAUCUAUUGAAACUAUGGGAAAUACAUAUGUUAGAUUACAUAAAUACUGUGGUAUGCAUUCAAAUAAUGAAUUUACUUAUAUUGCAAAUUACAUACAUCGCAAACCAGGAGGCAAAAUAUUGCUUGGGUCAGAAUUAGUGAGACAAGAUAUCAAAACAUAUGAUAUACAAUCGGAAAAUUUAAAAACACAGCUUAACUCUGGAAAAAAUUCAAUAAAUGAUGCUACAAAAAUUGUAUCUUCUUUUAGAAUAGAAAUAAAUGAACAUGAAAUGAAACAAAGAGAAAACACGCCAUUACCUUAUAUGUCUGUAAUAAACGCGGAAAAUAACAAGUCUAAAAUUUUAUAUAUACCAGAUGAAGUAGAUGACUUGGAUGAGGAAGACCCGGACGAUGAUUUAUGCAUAUAAUUUGAUGUUUAUUAUGUUUGUGUAUAUAUAUAUUCAUCUAUCCAAACAUUUGUUAACCAUCGUAUAUUUAUUACAUUUUUCUGUACAUUCAUUUAUUAGAUAUAAGUAUUAUCCUAUAAUAUAAUAAAUAUGCUAAGCUCAAUUAAUUAAAAAGAUUGUAUACACAAGAAACUAAUUUUUAAACAGGAUUAAAAUAUAUAUUAAUUACAUAUA